AUUUUAGGCUGGCAUAUGAGCACUUUAGAGCGCCUCAUUGUCAUGGUGUGGAAACUGAGAUUUAGUACGUACAGUCAUCGGAGGAUUUAGGUUUUUGUAUUUUCUCUUCUCCUAUAUGGAGACGUGUAGGCACACAAAAGAUGGUAGACCCAGUAGCAUCCAUUUUGCAGGUUGUAGAAUUUGUAGUUGAUUGACAGAUUAGGUAACGGUUAAAGUGCUUGGCACCCUAAUCAUAUUUGGGUCUACUAUGGAAACAAACACAGUGCAGCUCAGCCUGUGAAGCGCAGACAAACAAAUUCCAGACUUCAGUCACCCACAGUUUCAUGUGUGUGGAAAGGUUUUGGCGUCAUGGCGGGCGCAUGGAUGUCAGUGCUUGUCACGCUGGCGGCCAUGAACGCAGCAAAAUACGUGGCUGACGGGCAAGCAUGCGCUAGCGUCUAUGCAUCCAGUUUAGCGGUCACGCUGGGCUCGCCAGUGACGGCCACCUGCGUCAUCAACGACGACUGCCCCGCACUAGCCGGACAGGUCAGACACGAUGUUGAGUGGCGACUUGACGACCGGGUCCUCCCCGGCGUUAUUCGAGUGGCCGACGGGAGCGGCCGACCAGCCUACCAGGUGCUGAUCCCGGCUUUCAACCACAGCAGGGCCACCCUCACCUGCUGCCUCGGCACCUCGCCGGGUCACAUCGUCGGGGGGCUGGAAAUCCGAGCCGGAUAUCCACCACCGGUGCCUCAGCGGCCAAGCUGUCAGGCCAACUUGUCCAUCCCCGAAAGGCUGACCUGUCAGUGGGAAGCCAGCCUGCCGGAUACAAACCUGCCCACCAAGUACACCCUCCACACGCACAUUCGGGAUUAUUUCAGGGAUGAUCAUUUGAACCACACGUAUGAGCUGCAACCGGGGGACCGCAGCUUCACCAUCCCUCGCUCCGGUUUCGCCUUCUUCUCGGAAAUGGAAAUCUAUGUGAAGGCUGUGAAUCCGCUCGGGGAGGCAAGAUCAGAACCACUCACUUUGGAACCAGUCAGCUCAGCAAAAUUUGACCCACCAAAGAUUAUGAAGCUGCAAGCUUGGGGUCUUAGUUGCCUCAGGCUAAGGUGGGACUUUCAGAAGCACCAGGUCUGGAUGAAAGACUUUGUCAGUCUUCAAGUCCGAUUCAAAACAGCGGCGAACAACUUGUGGGACGAGCGACCAAUCUUAAACGAGAUGACGCCCAAGAGGCCAAUGUACCAGCGUGGUCUGCUGCACGGGAUGCAGUACAUGGCCCAAAUCCGAGUUAGAUACCAGCAAAGUCCCUGGAGUGAAUGGAGCAGCAGCCAGUCUGCGGUCACCCUGGAAACCGCUCCCACUGGAACUCUCGACACAUGGAUGAGGGUUAUCGGGGAUCACAUGCACAAACAACGCAACAUGCUCUUGUUUUGGAAGCCAUCGGAACGAUUCCGAGCCAACGGCCGGAACGUGUCGUACGUGGUGUCACUGCUGAAAGCAUCGAGUGAGAGGGGGAAGCUGUGCGCCACGGCCGGGAAUCACUGUUCUUUCCAGGUUCCCAGAAAAGCCAGGAAAGUGUAUCUGAUGGCCCUGAACGCAGUUGGGAAAUCCACCCCAGCGUCAGUCCGAAUCUACCAUCCCAAAGACGGUGAGGCAAUUUUCGACAUUAGCACCACCACACGUGAUAAUGGGUCCAUUCUGGUCCAGUGGGAAAACAUUGUGUCGCCCACUAUCGUCGAUUACGUGGUGGAAUGGAGACCUCUGUUCAACAAUGACCUGUCCUUUGUUCACUUUGAGAUUGCAGGACGAAAUCUAUCGAGUCUCGUUUUAGCAGGCAUCUUUGAGCCGUACAAGCCUUACGGGAUCUCCGUGUAUCCAAGAUUUAAGGACGGAAUUGGCCCGCCUCGCACUUGUAAUGCCUAUUCAUUGCAAAAGGCUCCAUCUAUGGUUCCAAAGAUAACAAUUAAAAAGACCUGGCAGUACCACGUGGAACUCACCUGGGAUGAAAUACCUUUGGAGCAACGGAACGGGAUCAUCCAAAGCUACAGAUUGUUUUACUGGGAUGAGACAAAAACAGUACAGGUGGCAACAGGAGACCUAGAAGAGCGUAAAGUGGUCCUAACAGGCCUCAACUCCUUGUCUGUUUAUGAUGCUGUGUUGAUGGUUAGCACGUACGGCGGGAGCUCCAACGGGUCCAUGGUUCAAUUUGACAUCAAGGAAAUGAAUCCUAUUUCUUCUGCGAUGAUUGUAGUGGGUACAUCAGUUGCUGUAUUUUCUGUGAUCAUUUUUAUGGUCAUACUCUGUUCCUCCAAACAUAAUAGGCUGAAAGUGCAUUUUUGGCCAGAUGUUCCCGAUCCUGCAAACAGCAGCAUCAAAAGCUGGACCUCACAAUCCACACAGGAUAUCCGAUCUUCAUGGGACUCCAAGGAACCAAAUCCAAUAUACCUGUCCCACCUGAGCUUACUGGAAAUACCCCAAAAGCCCAACAAGGAAGACGAUGUCACUGCCUGGUUGAACAACACAGAGGACAGUAGCGACCUCGGAGAGUCUCUCUGCGACUCCCCUUUCAUCCCAGGGUUCUCCUCCUCCAACAGCGACUCGGUGCCCUACGCCACCGUCAUCUUUCCUGCUCGGCAUCCUCACGAAUACCUGCGCUCUGAGUCCUCGCAGCCCUUGCUGGAGUCAGAGGAGCUGCCCAGUCCAAAGAGCUACCAGAACGUGGACGCGACAGAAGGUUCAAAGUGCUUUUUUGGACUGGCCAAGCCUGAGGAGGAGCCACAAGCGGCCACCAUCCAGUGGGAGGACUUUCCUUUCCUCAGAGCAUUAGCCAUGAAUGACACUCAGUGAUUGAAAAUGCUUGUUUUGACUUUGUAAUGUAAAGUGGUGCCUUGACUUGGGAGUUUAAUUCUCUCUAUCACCACACUCAUAACUCGAAACACGUUCAUCUUCUUCUUUUCCUUUCGGCUUGUCCAGAUCACUUCCAUCAAAACAUCUUUCACACUGAAAUACAGAAGCUGAAAUGGAAAUGCCAUUAUUAGGAGUUUAUUAUUAGAAAAAUAGCACUUUAAAGUAUGGUAUUUUAUACAAGCAUAUGAACAUUAAUAACAUAAUUGAACAAGAUGUAAAUAAUUAACCAGUUUGUGUGUCAUGAUUUCAUGCUUGCAUCCUUCUUUUUCUAGUAUGCCCGCGUUGGCCACCAGCGAGAAGUAUAAUACAUACAGACAUGCUCCACAUAGAUUUGAUGAUGAAGCACAAAACAUUUAAUUCUAUAUUUUUUCGUAGAGGGUAAAUAAUAUUUGCCUGUGAGUGUUAGUCCACGUUUUACUACUGUGUGUAUUCAAAUAUAAGUUGUAUAAAGAUACAACUAUAUAAACACUGUAACAUCAAUGCCAGUUUCCUUAGCCUGUCUAUGGCAUUUCCCAUUAUUUGUUAGCAUGAAGCCAAGUGAUUUAUGUAAGGCAAAAUUAUGUGGUUUGGUUGAAUACAGAGGCGUUAGGGUAGACAACGGGGUAGCAUAUCAGCCUCACUGUUCUGACAACCAGGGUUCAAAUCCCAGCCCCACUUGUAUGGAGUUUGCAUUCUCCCCAUGUUUUCAGUGGGUGCUCUUGAUUCCCGCCCACAUCCCCAAAAACAUGAAGUAGGUUGUUUGAAGACUCUAAAUUGCCCGUAUGUGUGAAUGUGAGUGCAAACCAUAGGUUUUGGUUGUUUUUUUUUCUCGUUUUUUUUAUAUAAAUGUGGUAGGUUAAAUGAAGACGCCAGUGACUCUAGUGAGGAUGAGCAGUUUGGAAAAUGGAUGCAUGGAUGGAUGGAUGAAUAGGUUCAAUACACAACAGCGUAUGUACUUGGGUUUACAGUAAGCACUCACAAGUUCUCUUUUUGUGGAAAUUGUUCACCAUCUGCCAAACUGCUGCUUGUUGACUUUUCACCGCCGCCAUUUAAUGCCAGUAACUCCAAAUUUUGUUUGCAGUACAAAAUAAAUAAAUAAAUGGCUGGGGAACAGCUCAUAUCUACAAAAAACUUGGAUGUGUUGGUACUACUUUGAUCCAGGAGUUUAUGUUGGUUGAUUACAUUGUACAUGCACAUGCUUUAUCCUGUUAAUUUUCGAAGUAAAGAAUGUUCUUUAUUUUUAAUAAAGAAUUAUUUUUAAGA